CUGGGGCGAGUUGUUGGUUUUCAAUAUGGCGGACUGCUCUAGGGGAUCCAUUCCUCCAGAAAACGCCAAGUUUUUYAACUCACUUCCACAUGUUAACUUUGAUUUUGAUAACAUAUCGAAAACUUUUAGGCCUACAGAUGAAGACUAUCAGCAGAAUUUGAUAUUAUACAGCGCUAUUCCGGCUGUAWUUGGAGUGAUAUUUUUUAUCAUUCUUGGUAUCUAUUUUACUGUCUAUUGCUGUAAAUGGUGCUGUAAAAGAUGUCGAAAACAAUUACCAAGACGAAAAGCCAAAACAMAAUAUACUCUUUGCCUUACUGUAUGUAUUUGGCUCUUUGCACUUUUAUCCAUUGGAAGCAUUAUCUCAGGGUUUGUGUUCAAUGACGGCAUUAAUAAUGGAGUUAUCACUGUUACCAUGGMAGUGGAUAAUGUCAGCAACACAUUUGAUGGCAUUCACAACCAGGUAUCAAGUAUUCAGAAUAAUAUACUGGAGAUGAAAGAAAACAUCGAUAGUAUGUUACAUGGCGUUCCUCUUGUCAUUGCGAAAAAUCUUYGGAUGAUUCGGUCAAACAUAUUACAGAUUAUUGAAGAGUUAAAUGGAGUCAAACCUGUUAAUCCUGUUACUGGAGUAUCAGAUGACAUCAAGACUGGAGAAUUUUACAGGUGGUGGUCUGUGUUUGGUGUUCUUGGUUUGACAGUUAUUACCUGUCUAAUCACAGUGUAUUCGUCUAUCAGACACAGUAGAUGUGGCUUUUUCCUUGCUUUGUUGUUGGGCUGCAUUGCUUGGCUUGGUGGCUGGCUGGUUAUUGGAGCUCAUUUUGGUGCCUCUAUUGGGAUGUCAGAUCUUUGUGUCAGUCCAAGAAAAACAAUAAAUUUCUACAUGAAAUCUGUGGUGACAAAAGAUGUAGUCAACUAUUACCUUGAUUGCAAACCUGGCAGCAUUCAUCCAUUUGAAAAGUAUGUGGAUUCAUCCUUGGAGUUUAUUCAAACAGCAGAUGUUUUUCUACAGAAACUUAAAAACCAGAGUUGGGCACAUAAACAUCAAGGCAUCAACAAACUAACAAUAAAUCUACACAAUAUUGACACAUCCCUAGAUAAAAUACAAGAAAACAUGAAAUGUACUAAAAUGAAAAAGGAAUAUAACAAAGCUCAUUGUGCUGUAUGCUUCCCAGUUGUGGAUGGUCUUACAUUAUUGCUGGUGGCAUCACUAGUAUCUGUUGUGUUCUUGGUGAUAAUACUUCUACUGAUUACUCUAAUGUGCAGAAGGAUCAACAAGAAGAGUAAACCAAGUACUUUCAUGAAUUCUUUGCUUAAUGGCGCUCAAUCAGAAGAAACAGAGUACCAUUCAGUAACCAGUGACGAUGAGAGUAUGCCCCUAGUACCCAGUAACUCACCGCCACCUUAUGAGGCAGUUACAGGAUGUGUGGAUUUCCAAUUUCAUUCAUGUCAAGAAGAGAGAAACCGUGCAACACCAGCCCCCCAGCCAACCACUCAUCCCACGGCACCUCCCACAAACUCCCAGCCAACCAGUCAGGCACAACAGGAUGUUGUUAAUAGUAACCAGCAAAACCAUUUUGCUCCUCCACCUCUCCGUGGGGAAGUAGUUGUACAAAGGAAAGUUACCAUGGCAUUCUAGUGAUUAUCAUCCUGGGCUCCCUGUGUCAGUCAGUGUUCUGAAGAUUCAGUAGAUAACACAGGAAUCCCAAUGAGAUGCUUGAUCAUGGUAGAUGAUA